AAUUCUGUCCUCCGUCACAGUCAACUAGUUCCGCUAGGAACGAAGCAGGUUUUACAAUGGCAGACUCGGGUUCGAAGUUCAGGAUUUUUAAGUUUUUAAAGAUAAUUAUUUGUAGCUUGCUUAUUACAGGCUUAUUUUUAUUUACGAUAGCGUCUAUCAGGACUUUCUCACUGGACGUUAACGCCGGACUUCAACUCGCUCACUGGGAAAAGACGAAUAACAUAUCACUCGCCAUUGACCACAGUCAGAGAGAGCAGCUCCUAACACAUUUUAAAGAGGCAAUCCGGAUCCCCACCGUGUCCUUCUCAGAGACGGAAAUCAACACCACUGCGCUGCUUGAAUUUGACAGAUUUCUCCGAAAAGCCUUCCCUACCGUUUUCUCUUCUAGCUUGGUUCAUCAUGAAUUGGUGGCCAACUACAGCCACCUGUUUUGGGUGAAAGGUUCACAGCCUGACCUGGUGCCAUACAUACUGCUGGCCCACAUUGACGUAGUACCUGCUUCAGAGUCAGAUGGUUGGGAAGCACCGCCUUUCUCUGCCAAGGAGAUAGAUGGCUUCAUCUAUGGUAGAGGAACCCUAGAUGACAAAAGCUCUCUAAUGGGAAUACUUCAGGCGCUGGAGUAUUUGCUGUUAAAAGGCUAUGCUCCACGCAGGGGAUUUUACAUUGGUCUUGGUCAUGAUGAAGAAGUCCAUGGCUACAAGGGAGCGAUGAACAUCGUACGUAUUCUGAAGCAACGUGGUGUCCAGCUGUCGUUUGUCCUGGAUGAGGGCCUGGCAAUAAUUGAUGGAAUCUUUCCUGGUCUUGAAGGACCUGCUGCACUAAUUGGGUUAAGUGAAAAAGGCCAGGCCAUUGUGAAGCUUAGUGUGUCUAUGCCCCCUGGUCACUCCUCAGUGCCUCCCAGGGAAACUAGCAUUGGGAUCUUAGCUGCAGCAGUCAAAAGACUAGAGGACAACCCAAUGCCAAGAUUAUUUGGUUAUGGCCCUGAAGGAGACACCUUUGAGCAUCUGGCCCAUAAGUUCAAGUUCCCAAUGAAGUUCAUAAUGUCAAAUUUGUGGCUCUUCUCUCCACUCCUUGGCAGGAUACUUGAAACAAAAUCAGUAUCUAAUGCGUUUGUAAGGACUACAACAGCAGUCACCUUGUUUAAUGCAGGAGUUAAGUUAAAUGUCAUUCCUUCCCUUGCUGAAGCUUAUGUAAAUCUACGAAUUCACUCGGCACAGUCGUUACAAGAGGUACUGGACAUCAUCAAGGAUACAGUGAGGGACCAGCGAGUGAAGGUAGAACUUAUUAAUGGAUUUGACCCUCUACCCAUCAGUCCUGAUGAUGAGAGUGCCUUUGGCUUCCAGAUUAUUAAGAAAACAGUGCUGGACUUGUUUCCAUCGGUUACAGUUGCUCCAGGUAUCUGUGUCGGCAACACCGACAGUCGACACUUCAAAGACUUGACCAAAAAUAUUUAUCGCUUUGCCCCGGCCUGGUUUAAACCAGGUGACACUGAGAGAUUCCAUGGCAUCAAUGAAAGGAUUUCCAUGCAGAACUACGAGGAGCUUGUUGUUUUUUACUUCAAUCUGAUUCAAAACUGUGACAUUAGGAAGCUCCCUGAGCCACACAGCUCUGUCCAUGAACUCUAAGUGAUUGACAUCACUGGUAAUAGGACAAACAUAUGAAAAUUAUACAAACUGCACUGAUACUUGAAUUGAAAAGCUCAGAUUGCACCCAAUGGGACCAGGGCAUGGCUGACUGAUUUGUUGUUAUGUUUCAGGAAAAGAUUUGAUUUUGCAUUUUAGAAUCAGAAACUCCAAUUUUGCAGUGGUCUGUGAAUUUUACCUUUACUGUGGACUACUAACUCUUUGGAAUCACAUGUGACUAGACAGAGGAUUGACCUUUCUGCAGUGAAAUCACUGUAAAUCUGCUAUCUAGAAUUUUGCAUUUGAGGUAAAUCUUUUAUAGUAAAGGCAGACUGAUGUAAUAUUUGUUGCUAAAAUUUAUGAUGUUAUGUAAUGAAUGAAUUAGUUUUUUUUUUUAAUUACUUGUGGUACAAUGAUUGUGAUAAAAUUUUAUGUAAAUAUUUUGACUGCUAAUGAAUGAUACAUAUCUGUGGGGAUGCUGAACUUGAAUCAA